AUGGGUUUCAAAACGGGCUUCAGGUCUACCAGACCAUUCGGACGGUCGAUCGGACGUUCGGCCGACUAUCGGGUCAUGGCCAUCGGUACAAUCGGGUCGAUCGUGGCCGAGGGAAUUCACGUUCGGUCGUCGGAUUCGGCCGCGCGGAUAGAUUUGGUUGAAUGUUCUGGCCGCACGCGGGACGACGCCUUCCUGGUCGAACGGUGCGAUCAUGCGCGGGACACGGAUCGUGGUGAGCGGUCGGGACGAGCGAGAGGUGAUGCCUUCCUGUUCACGCGGUGCGGUCGUGCGCGGCGUAUGGUCGAGAGACUCAGAUGGGUCGACCACGGGUUGCUGCUUCCCGGGUCGGUAUGUGCGCUCGGCCGUGCACUAGGCGGGACGGGUGUGAAGUCCGGACGCGGGUCGAUCGUGGGACAGUAG